AUGGUGGAUAUAGAGGCACAAUCGUCGUAUGGAAAAUCUUCAUCUCCUUCAUCGAUCUUCAACAAAGUUGAUCGUCCAGUCAUAUUGAAGUUUCAGGAAGUGGUUUACACAAUCAGAAUCAAGAACGAAGGAUGGCUGAAGAAGAACAGCGACAAAUCAAUAGAAAAGCAGAUACUGAAAGGGGUUACAGGGAAGGUGUUGCCCGGAGAAUUGUUGGCGAUGUUAGGGCCAUCUGGCAGUGGAAAAACGACGCUCUUGACAGCACUAGGUGGCCGACUAGGUGGCAAACUCGGUGGGACAGUGACUUACAAUGGCAAAUCGUUCUCUAGUAUAAUGAAGAGAAACACUGGUUUCGUUACUCAAGAUGAUGUUCUAUACCCUCACUUGACAGUCACCGAAACCCUAGUGUUCACCGCCUUACUCCGCCUUCCCCGUAGUCUCACUAGUCAAGAAAAGGUUAUGCAUGCCGAAUCUGUGAUUAAUCAACUCGGGUUAACAAGAUGCAAGACUAGCAUUAUAGGUGGCCCGCUUUUAAGAGGGGUAUCGGGUGGAGAGCGCAAAAGAGUUAGUAUCGGGCAAGAAAUGCUUAUAAACCCUAGUUUGUUGUUCUUGGAUGAACCAACAUCUGGGCUAGAUUCAACAACUGCUCAAAGGAUUGUUUCAACGCUAUGGGAUUUAGCAAGAGGAGGAAGAACAGUUGUGAUGACUAUUCAUCAACCUUCGAGUAGGCUUUUUUACAUGUUUCAUAAGGUGUUGUUGCUAUCAGAAGGGAAUCCAUUGUUUUUUGGAAAAGGAUCAGAAGUUAUGGAUUAUUUUAAUCAUAUUGGGUUCUCACCAUCGGUUGCCAUGAAUCCUUCCGACUUUUUACUAGAUCUUGCAAAUGGGAUUUCAUCCGAUGAUUCUAGUCAGGAGGAUCAAAAUACAGUCACACAGAAGUUGGUUUCGGCUUAUACGUCAAAUCUAGCAGAGAAUCUGGAAGCUGAAACACUUGAAGCUGAUGAUCACCAGGAUGAUAUUUCAGACUACAAAAAGUCUGAACGAUGGAGCACGACUUGGUGGCAACAAUUCGUGGUUUUGUUCAGAAGAGGCCUCAAAGAAAGAAGACAUGAAUCUUUCGACAGUCUUAAGAUUGGUCAGGUUUUAAUAAUUGCAUUUCUUUGUGGUUUACUAUGGUGGCAAUCGGAUGUGGCUCAUUUACAGGAUCAGUCUGGAUUGUUGUUCUUCUACUCUGGAUUCUGGGGGUUCUUUCCUUUAUUUCAAGCAAUUUUCACAUUCCCUCAAGAACGAGAGAUGCUUGCAAAAGAAAGAUCUUCUGGAAUGUACAGGCUUUCAUCUUACUUCAUGUCAAGAACAUUAGCAGAUCUUCCAAUGGAGUUAGCUCUGCCCACAGUGUUUUGCAUCAUAACAUACUGGAUGGCUGGAUUGAAACGUGCGUUGGAAAGUUUCUUGUAUGCCUUGUUCACACUUCUGUUAAGCGUGAUGGUGUCACAAGGGCUAGGACUUGCAUUAGGUGCACUCGUCAUGGACCUGAAAUCAGCCACAGUUUUAGGGUCGGUGAUCAUGCUAUCCUUCACAUUAGCAGGUGGAUACUAUGUUCAAAAUGUGCCAGCUUUCAUAUCGUGGAUCAAAUACAUAUCCAUCAGUCAACAUACUUACAAGCUCUUGAUAGGAUCACAAUAUGAGCAUGGCCAGACAUAUCCAUGCGGUAACCAGACUUGUUUGGUUGAUGAUUAUCCAGCUAUUAAGAGUAUUGGGCUCGAUAACCAAGUGAUCUCCUUUGUUGCUCUGGCUAUAAUGCUAGUAUUUUAUCGGGUUGUUGCUUAUUUGGCUCUCAUGAGGAUUGGCGUGCCCAAAAAGUAG